AUGGCGCUUCCGGACUGGAUUGUGUGUUUGCUUGGUGUUGCGUCAAUCUGUGGAGGUAUUUACAUCUUCCGCCUUCUCACUAAUCCCAGCAGGAGUUCAUGGAAGAAAGGCGUUAUAGCACGACUCAUGGCUCGCACAGAGAAACCGUUCUUCUGGAUAGCGUACUCACUAUACUCACGAACCAAACUGGGCUACAUGUUUUACAAACGACAGAUGAAGAAAGCGAGGGAGAAAUACCCAACUGGCCACUCCAGAACUGAACCCACAAUAAUAAAUGGUAUCAAGAUCAUUCCGUUACCUGUCCUGUCAGACAACUAUAGCUAUGUGAUUAUUGACACAGAAUCAGAUCUUGCUGUUGUGGUGGACCCUGCUGAUCCCCUGUCUGUCCAGUGUUGUUUGGAAGCGGAAGGGGUGACUUUAGAAGCCAUUCUUUGCACACAUAAACACUGGGACCAUAGUGGAGGGAACCAAGCUCUGAGGAGGCACUACAGCUCUUGUAGGGUGUAUGGAAAUGCAAUGGACAACAUUCCUGGUCUUACACACCCUCUGACAGACAAUGACACAAUAGAUGUCGGGACGCGUAUGCACUUCAGGGUUUUUUGCACACCUGGCCACACUGUGGGUCACAUGAUCUACCUCCUAGAUGGUAGAGGCUUUGAAAGUCCCAGCAGCCUCUUCUCAGGGGAUCUGGUCUUCCUCUCAGGAUGUGGGCGAAUGUUUGAGGGCCCUGCUUCAACGAUGUUGUCGUCUCUGGACAUAGUCAGCUCCCUGAAUGACGACACGUUGCUCUGGCCUGGCCAUGAGUAUGCUGAAGAUAACCUGAUGUUUGCUGUGGAGUUGGAGCCAGGUAACAUGGCACAGGACCGGAAGCUACAGUGGGUCCUGCAACAGAGAGGUCAAAGACUGUGCACGAGUCCAUCUACACUGGAAGAAGAGAAGCAAUACAAUCCAUUCUUGAGGAGCCAUUCUCAGGAUCUUCACCGGGCUCUUGGUAUCCAACAAAACCAGGAUGAGGACUGGACCUCAUUCAGGGCCCGAGUUUUAGAGGAGCUUCGCAGGCGAAAGGACAUCUAUAAGAGCCGAUAGGUGAAAGGGUCCGACUAAGAUUCGCAAGAUGAAACCACUGAAAACACAGAAAUGUACUCUGAAGCAAAAUGUGAAAGCUGAGGAUUGCACACUGCUGACACUGUAAACUAGGGAUGUUCCAAUGAAUCUUUUUCUGUUUUUGAAAUGAUUCAUACACCAAAGCUCUAAA